AUGGCGGAGAGCGCGGCAUUGUGGAGGGCGAUGCCGGAGGCCGGAGAGCGGCUGGCGUCGGGGAGGGAGAUGGCGGCAGGCGUAGUCAGGGCGGCGGCAGGGAGAGUCAGAGGUCUUGACUCUCGUCGUCUCGUCGCGAUGCAGAGCAAAAGGAAGGGGACAAGGGGUGGAGUGGAAUGGCUGUCGGAUCGAUUAGGUUAG